AUGUGGUGGACAGUAGAAUUGUCUCGUUGUGCGCAUCAUUGUCUAAAUCGGGGCUCUUGUUGGGGCACGUCACACAGUCAACCAUCUUGUCGAUGUCAUGCGCCGUUCAAGGGAAGAUAUUGUGAGAUUGAAGAGGUUUACAAUGAAUGGUGGUUCUGGACAGUGAUCGGCCUUGUUGGUUUUCUUCUCAUCAUCCUUCCAAUCAUCAUGUUUCUUUUCCUUCGAUCACAGAAAAAGAAAGGAUUGAAAAGUGGUCCAGAUUUUCUU